AUGAACAUAAAAAAUAUAUUAAACAAAGGAAUAUUUAUUGUACCAAUAACUGUUGCCAUUCAUAAUUAUCUAUUUACAAUAUAUGUUGACAAAGGAGAGAAAAAAAUAAAUAACAAUAGUAAUAAUAAUAGUAAUAAUAAUAAUAGUAAUAAUAAUAAUAAUGAUGAUAUACAUUUAAACCCAUCAAAAAGAUAUGAAAUGAUAACAGCUGAUAAAAAUGGGGAAAUCUUAUCAAUAUCAACUUCAACUUCAACUAACAAUAACAAACACAGUUUACAAAAAGCAAAUAUAGAUAAAACUUUUAAAAUAUUAUUAAUAAAUAAAUUCUCUAAAAACUAUAAACACAAUGAUAUAGUAACAAUAAUAGAUCCAGAUAACCCAAAUAAUACAUUAGUUAAAAAAGUUUUAGCUACAGGUAACGAAUUUAUACCAUUUCCACCUUAUACAAAUGGCAUUCAAGAUGGUUUCUUUGUGUAUUCUGAACCAACUGUUGAUGGAUUACCAAAAAUAGCAGGUCCCAUUCCAAUUGGAUUUAUAACAGGAAAGGUGAUAACCAAUUUAUACCCUAAUAAAUUAAAUAUUGUAUAA